UGCAUGUUAUAAGAGCAUCUCAAAUAGCUUUUAUAUUAUUGCAUUUGCUAGUUCUACUCAAUAAUUUCUUUAGCUAUAAGUUCUCUUACUAACCUUAAAUCAUACAUGUUGGAAGGAACUAAUGUUAUGAUUAACCAUUGAAAUGGAGUUAGAUACCAAGAGAAGAAGGCUUGCACCAAAUUCAGAAUCAAAAUGUGCUUCUUCUUCUUCAUCAUCAAAAUCACCGAUCCCUCCUGAAGCUAUAUUUGGUAUAUUCACAAGACUUCCAGUUAAAUCUCUUGUUCGAUUCAGGUGCGUAGACAAAUUAUGUUCCUCUAUAAUUACUAAUCCAUCAUUUGUUAUUGCACAUGAACCCUAUCCUCACCCAAAACAAGGCCUGCUAAUCAUUUGCACCACCAAACUUCAAUUAGCCCAAACAUUUUUUAUAGCGGACCAAAAUGGCGGCACAGCAACUUGUUGUCUAACCGUUCCGCCCCGGCUUUCACGCUACACUACUCAAUCAACUAAUGGUAUAGUAUGCAUGGACUUUGGCAUUUGUGCUACAGUUUGCAAUCCAAGCACCAGACAAGCAAUCACUCUUCCUUACAUUUGUUCAAAAUCCUCACUUUCUGCUUCUUCUACAUAUUUCUGCGUAAAUUUUAUGGGAUUUGAUCCUUCUAACAAGCAAUACAAGGUUUUGAACUCAUGGAGACAUUACAGGAAGCCUAGUACUGAGUAUAGGGUUUUUACAUUGGGGACAAAAGAAUGGCGACCACUACAAAGCGGGCCUCCUUUUUAUGCUCAAAGGGAAAGUAUUUGCAUCGAUGGGGUUAUUUUCUUUAGGAGCUGGGUUAGCUUAAGAACCGAUGAAGGUGUGGCAGUUUUGAUUGCUUUUGAUGUCCAAAAAGAAACGUUUCGAGUAAUUCAUCUACCUAGAGGUGCACCGACCGAUGUAGAAACUUCAUAUUUGAUUCGAUUAGCAGGGCGUUUGGUUAUAGUUGAUUGUCUACUUGAUGACGAUGAUUAUUGUUUAUGGCUUUUAGAGGAUUAUCAGAAUGAAAUUUGGACAAAGCAUUAUAUUAUCUUCCCCUCAUAUUUGAAGAAAACAGAAACUGGACAAAACUUCAUUGUUGCAGGUUCCCUUGAUACAGAAGAGAUUAUAAUGGCACCACAAUGCUUAUCUACACCCUUUUAUGUGUACUAUUUUGAUUUAGCAAGAUCCAAGAUUAGGAGAGUCAAAAUUCUAGGAUUGCCCGAAUAUGAUUCCUUUGAUUUAUCUAGCAAUCUAGUUUCAAUCACUAAUUAUGUUGAAAAUAUCUUGCCAUUGCCAUGAGUUAUCAACUUCUGCAACUAUCUACUCAUUGACCUCGGAGAUGGAUUCACUAAAUAGCUAUUGUAGUUUGUCGAAAUCAGUGACUUGUUAUUUUGAAACAAUUUGAAUUACAAUGAAUAUGUAUGCGAGUAUGUUUGUCAUAUUGUCUAGUUGUCUUUGUGUACUUUUGAGAUUUUA